GUGUCAGAAGUGCAAUAAUAAUAACCAAACACCAGAGCCUCCUCCUCCGCCAAACAAAACAAAAAAAAAAUCAACCAUGUCUCGAGCAGUCGCGCAAAAGAACCAAAUCGUCAAACUCAUCGUAGGCGCGGGACAAGCGAGCCCUUCACCGCCGGUUGGUCCGGCAUUGGGUAGUAGGGGAGUUAAGUCUAUGGACUUUUGCAAAGUGGGCACUAUACUACUCCACAAUCCCCUGGUCUAAGCUUUCCCUAACUCGAUUAUUUAGGAGUUCAAUGCCCGUACAGCACACAUAACACUCGUACACACGCCCAACACCCCCCUCCCCCCUUUUUUACCCUCCGCAUUCACAGAGCAACUGACUCUCUAACCCCUAGGGCACGCCAACCCCAGUACGCAUAACCGUCCGCCCGGACCGCACCUUCACUUUCGAAGUCCGUACUCCCCCAACCUCCUGGCUGCUCAAGAAAGCUGCGGCCGUGCCACUCGAUAAGAAGGGCCAUAUGAAGGGUGCCAGCAAUCCCGGGAAGGAAUGGGUUGGCGAGGUCAGUUUGAAGCAUGUUUACGAGAUCGCGCAGAUCAAGCAUACUGUGAGCGCACAUCCUAUGUAACGGAGAAGACGUUAGAAGGAAUGAAGGAAGGAAGGGCUGACGGGGGGGUAUCUUUAGGAGGUUCGAUUGUCCGGAUUAAGCUUGAAGGCAAUUGCCGGCAGUGUGAUUUCUCAGGCCAAGACAAUCGGGAUUAAGGUCACUAUAUGACAAUGGUGACCAUUUGUCCGGUGAGGAGAGGAGAGGAGGGAUGUAUGGUAUGAUAUGAUAUGCUGUGGUGUACAAAAGAAAAAAAAUUUGGCUUAGGUCGGCUGGGAUACUCUAGAUAGACUCUACACGGUCGUUUAGUUACUGUACUUAUUUACAACAGAAUUUCGACCAGACACGUAAAUAUCGAAUACCUGCGCCAAUCGCCGUCGUCCUCAAGCAUCCAAUUUAGUUGCUGCGGUAGGAUAAAGCCAACCUCACCCAAUCUCAACCUCCCACCAACCCAUACAAGUACAGUACACCAAUCAUCAACCCCCCAACCUACCACAAAACCCCUUCCGCGAAACGACAAGAACCAUCAAUUGAUACCUCCACUAAACCAUGCCAAUCUGGAAGUAAUGCCCCCCUCAUUCACCCAUCUUCACGCAACUAAACAAAACUAGAUUCUACAAAUCCCUGCCUACGAAGACCCGCCUCAUCAUCGGCGGCGGGGUGAUCCUAUACGCCGGUGUGGGCCUCCUCCUGACGGACGUGGCCGAGGAGAAAUUCGACCUUGUGCCCAGCGAGGGAGACAAGCAGCGGCUGAAGGAGUUAGUGCCGAAGGUUAGGGUUGUUGAUCGGGAGGGUUGAUGGAAAUAGUAAAUAUAAUCAAAAUUUAAUUGUUUCGUAACAUCGUACUUUCUGGGUGGUUG